GCUCCAGUAUAUAUGAUAUCUGCACACAUCUGGAUACCUGGCGCGCAUAUUACGCCCGUCUAGUUUAUACACUGCAAUUCAUAUAAUGGCCAUUGGUUCCAUUGCGAUUUUUUUGGUGCUCUUGCUGGUACGUUAAGUGUGGCCUGGUAUACGAACUCUAAUUACGGAAGCAAUUAUGACUCCAUAAAUACCGCCGCGCAUCGCCCCUUCACCAUGGGAGUGCUUGGUGCACCUGGUUCUCCGACUAGCCGCAAGAUGUGCGCGGACGCGCAAGUAUGAAAGGAUAAAACGCUCAUGAUAUCCUUCCAUCCCUGUCCGCUCGUUUCAAAGGUUUCACCGAAACUAUAUUGUUAUGACAUGAUUUAUGUCUGGGGACAUGGUUGGGAAUACAGAUUUCACCGAGAAGGAACACCAUGCUGGUUGACGCCGAUUCGAAAUAGUGUUGGAUACUGUAGCCAAGGAAUAUGCAUUGCGAACAACAGUGCUGGAGCGCCAAGCUGCAGCGGCCAAGGAUACAUCACCACAUGCAAUUCCACAACUUGCGAUGGAAUGCCAUGUAUUAAUAUCUUUACCAAGCCAAGUAGUGCUAUUGCCGGGAUUUGCAAGAAUCGGAUGACUUAUCAAGAACAAAGACUAGCCCAUCAUCAUACAUACCUAAAAUGCAAAGAAAAAGAAAAUUAUGGUAUGCGAGCCCUAUUUAUGGGAAAAAUGAUAACUUCAGCAGUAUACCAUUGACUACUCAAUUUUUCAAUAUUUUUUUACCCAUCGAUCAUGCACGCUGCAUUAACCUUGUUGGUCCCACGUUUAUACACUCAUGAAGUUUUAUGCAGCUUUAGGAAUUACUCAUGAAUUUCCAUUACUGAGCCAUUCCAAGAAAUCACUUUAGCAUACACGGCCGUGGUAGAUGCCUCUCUAAUUGUUCUUGCAGUUAGUAUAAAACAAAUUAAAUAUUUACUGAAAAUAUGUUUCGAAAGUUGUGGAACAAUAAUGUUGUAAGGCGUUGCCGAAUAAAGGUUGAUGAAAAUGCUCGUAUUUACUAUGCAGUUGUAUUCGCAUGAAAUAGAUGUUUAUCAUUUUAGUAAUAGAUCGCGCAUU